UGAAAUUUAAAAACAUAUUUAUGUUAAAAGAUUGGGAUUUGGGUAGAAGAGAAUGAUAAUUUCAAAAAGUAUUAAAUAUAUAAAUAUAAUAAUUAGGUCUGCUUAAAUACACUAUAGUGGUGAAUAUAAAAAUGGCAAAAAAAUAGGCUAAUGGAAUAUUUUAUAUGAAAAUACAAUUAUGUAACAUUAAUAUAUCCUUAGUGGUGGUGGAUAUUAUAGUGAGCAAAGUAUGAAAAUCGGUAAAUGGAUAGAUUUAGAUGAUCAAUUCUUAGAGUAUCACAUUAUUUUUAGCAAAUGCUUUUAGCAUAAAAAAAGUUAUUUACAAGGGUGAAUAUGAUAAUAGUAAAAAAGUUGGUAUAUGGGGAAAUACUAUAUCAGAAAAGUAGCAAUAAAUUAUUUGAAGAGAUGUAAAGUGUAAUAAAUAAAAAUAGUUGAGGAGGAAUGUAUAUUGAAG